GGCCCACGAGACGUGCGGUCGAAGCGUGCGUGUACCGCGCGCGGUCGGGCGCAUCGGAUGCGGACGGGCGCUUGUUGAAUCCCUGUGCGGAUGCGGCUCACGGAUCCGCCACCGUUGCUGCUUUCGUAGCAUGCUCCUGCGGAUAUGCGCGUUCCUCGCGUGGAUUACCGGCUGCUUGGCGCCUGCAGUGCUCAACCACGACGUGAAAGUCUACCGUCGCGAAGAGGGAGAAGAAGUUUCCCUGCCUUGCGACAUCGAAUCCGAGCGCGACGACGGUACCGCCAGCGUCCGCUGGUUCAGAGAAGGAGCCACCGCUCCAUUCUACGUGACCGAGGAUGCCGACGGAAGGGGCAUUUGGAAUGCCCGCCACGACAUCGGCGUGCCCUGGGUCGGAAGAGCCGUCUUCCACACGCUGCGCAGUCCCGCGAGGUUCGUCCUAUCUCAACUCAGGGCUACAGACUCCGGCGUCUACCGCUGCGUCGUCAGGUUUCACAGCGGUGCUAUUCGCAACAUUACUGUUGCCUCACUCAUCGUUGGAGUGCGUCCAAGCCGACCGGUGAUUAAGGAUCUCGAAGGCAACGUCCUGGAAGGAAAGACGAGACCGCUACUACUAGGAUCCCGCCUGGAACUGGAUUGCUUAGUGGAGAAAGGCAAACCAGCACCGACAGUGACGUGGUACCGCGACGAGCAGAUACUGGACUUCCCGAGCGAACCUUUGCUGGACGAAGGCGCACGAAGCAAACUGAUCUUCAGCGGACUGAAUCGAACGGAUCUCCAGGCCAACCUCUCAUGCCGUGCUCGAAAUCCCAUCGCUCUCGCUCCGAUAAACGUUUCAAUCAUCCUGGAUCUCAUAAUGCCUCCACUCUCAGUGACGCUAGAGAACCAGAUGCCGAGCUACGACUCCGGUGUAUCAACUGAGUUUCGAUGCAGAGUUGUCGGGUCGAGGCCGAAACCGGAAGUGACGUGGACUCUGUCCGGCCGGAAACCGGAAGGAACAUAUUUCGUGGACGUCUCUGACGACGAAAACGUGACGAAGUCGGUUCUGCUGACGGUUCUCGCAGCGGGAGACAAUCGACAGUCCAUCACCUGCGGCGCCACAAAUCCCAGCAUUCCCGAUGUCCAAUGGAAGGAUAGCAUGGAGCUCAACGUCCUUCAUCCACCGGUGUUGGCACUCAACCUGGGCAACGGAUUGCGAGAGGACCAUAUCUUAGAAGGCCGAGAUGUGUACAUGGAGUGUGACAUCGUCGCCAAUCCUCAGGUGAACGACAUAUGGUGGACCUUCGAAGGUGAGGACAUGCCCGUGAACGACACGGGAAUCUUCGUCAACGGACAGUACCUGGUUCUUCGAAACGUCACCCAGGGUUCCUCCGGAGCAUAUCGGUGCCAUGCCCGUAACCUAAGAGGAGCUUCGGAAAGCGGCGUCCUCACCCUUCGAGUCAAAUAUUCUCCCCGUUGCAAGAGUGCGGACAGCGUCCCCCGUAGCAUCCUGCAUCGCUACUGGUCAGCGGGAGAAGAAGUUAAGGUGUCCUGCGAAGUGGACUCCGAUCCGCCGGAAGUCACCUUUCGUUGGACUGUGCGCAACAAUUCGGAGUCGCGGGAACUCAGUGAUUUUGUGUCGAACGGAACACGGAGCGUCGUUCGUUAUUUCCCUACGACAGCCACGGAGUACGUCACUCUGACGUGUUGGGCGAACAACUCUGUAGGAAUGCAGCAGAGCUACUGCACCUUCUUCGUGGAGCCACAGGGUGUACCCAAAGCCCACUCCCAGUGUGCUGUGGUGAACCAAGCUACCAGCUGGUUUGUGCUGGAAUGCGCCCAGAGACCCGGAGAGCGUGCCUGGUACCAGCUCGAAGUGUACCACGCGGACACGGGUCGUCUGUUGUCCAACGCCAGUUCUUUGGUCGGCGAGAGGCCCCAUUUCAGGGUGCGCAACAUUCCACCUGCCACGGAAUGCCUGGCUCGGGUGUACGUGGUGAACGAAAGGGGACGCAGCGAACCCACAACCAUUGUCGUCAGAGCCAUUCCACCUCCGUCGAAGCUCCUAACGUCAGGUGUACAGUGCGUGGAUAGUAACCACACCUUAGCAGCUCUAAUUCUGCUGCUGUGCAGCAUCUACAGAGUUUGCACGGAAAUUAACACUCAAGGUAUAUUCUGGCACAUCCAAUGGGCAAGCUGAUAGUGCUUUCGUUUCGUUCUCUUUUUUUUUUCUUUUUUUUUUCUCUCUCUCUCGAGUUCGACCAGUACGGGACAAUGCGCUUGUGACAUUAAUCUCACACACCGCUAGGUCCGUAGUUCGCCACAGACGCGCACCAACGCUUUCAUACCUUCGAAUCUGCUGCCCUCCAAACCUACCAACGGGACAGCGGCUGACGUCAUCAACCUCGCGACCCACGGGGUUACUCUCGGAUCGACAACGUAGAGCCUCGGAUAUGUCACGUGACCUGCAAGUUAUCCGACGGCGAAUUCGUGCGGUGAAAAGUGCUGGAGGAACACUUUGCGACGCGUUUUAACGGAAACGGGAAGAAUGUUUUGUGAAGAGUGCCUUACCGCAUCGGGGCCUGGACAAAUAUUAUUCGUAACCGAGGAUUACAUAUACAGAAUUAUAUAAAGAUAUAUCUACGACGAAGAAACCGGUGACUUGUAAGCAGCGCGAAAAGAGUGAAGAAUAAAGAUCACUUUGAUUUGUG